AUGAAGCGAACAGCUCAGCACGACGCGGGCGACGACGACGACAACCGCAGCGCUCGCAACCCGUUCGUCAGAGUCUCCUCUGGUCUCGUAGCCAUGAACCAAGCUGCGGCACCCAACAACGACAACGACAGGCGCCGCAUCCCCCGCGUCAUCCGCAACGCCGUCGACGGCGCGUGGGAGCGGCCACCCCACCACGCUGGCUACAGCCCGGCCGUGCCCGUCCAGAUGGCCGGCGCCCACCGCUGGGCGCGCUACGACGACGUCGUGUCCGCGCUGCGCUCCCUCGCCAACUCAAGCCUCCUCGAGCAGGAGGCCCGCGAGGACGCGAGGGCGACCAUUCGGGGCCUGUACCAGCACCCGACGCCGUUCGACACCGACGUCCGCUUCCCCGAGGCGGAGUUCUUCCUGUCCGUCGACCACGGCACGUUCGGGCAGUGCAUGAACCGCAUCCAGAAGGCGCUGCUGCAGGUGGAGGCGGCCACCAAGGGGUAUUUCUCGCAGCGCACCGUCACCGCGUGCGAGUCCUUCAUGGAAGCUGUCAAUUACGCGGCCGGAACGGCGACUCUGGUGUGGCCGGAGGAGCCCGGGAAGCCUGUGCUGUAUGACCGGGCUGUUUUCGAGGAGGCUUUCCAGCUGACCUGGACUGACGCGUGGGCCAUCAGAUGGUCUACUUUCACGCGAUGUGCUAAAAUCUGCCGAUUUCAUGCUUUGGUACGCGCAUCACCUAUUUCCAAGUUUCAAUUGUUUGUUGAGUUUGCUUAUAUUUGA